AUGAUUAAUUGUGAAGAGUUACUAGGAUCUUCAGCUUUAACCACUACAGGUAAGUCUAAUACAGUAUCAACAGUUGCUCAGGGGAAGGGUACUAGUGUCACAACAUCCAAACCUCAUCAACCUCAUCAUUUGCUUCAAGCUCAAGCAGUACCUAUUGAACAACCUAUAAAUUCAAUCAUUAAUAGAUUGCCAUCCAAUGUCAUUGAAGAUAUAUUUGAAUAUGUUCAUCAGUUUGAUUUACUUAAUUUACUGUUAACAUGUCAUAAAUUCUAUGAGCUUGCUGUCAAUAGGUUAUACAGACGAGUUACUGUGAUUCUUAAUGGUGAAUUUCCUAUCCGAUAUAAGGGUGAUUCAUCUCAGUAUAUUCGUGAAAAUGGGAUCCGUUAUAUGAAUAGUUCUAUAAUUCUUAAUAUUGAAUCUUUAUUACAGUUUUUUGCUAUUUUACAUUUAAAUCCCAAAUUAAUUCAAAAGGUUAAGUUUUUCAUUUUUGAUAAAUGUUAUGGAGAUUCAAUUAUUGAUAUAAGUCAUAUCCAAUUUAAAAUUAUUGAAUUCUUCGGGAAGAAUUCUAAUGUAAUGAAUUUCUUACAUAUUACUUUCAUAGAUUUCCUGACGGGGAUAUCUAAAUUAACGAAUUUCUUAAGUCAUGAAAAUAUUAGAUCAAAAGUAUUUAAAUUAUUUGUAACAGAUAGUCGAGAUUUAUAUACUCCAGUAGCUCCUGAAUGUCUUACAAAUUUAUUUUUAAUGCUUAAUGAAUCUGAAUUUAUGACGUUAGAACCGGAAAAGAAAUUAUUUGAUUUAUCUAAGAAACCAUUUGAUGUUUUAAAUUCCUUAUUUACUUUAACAUGUUCUACCAAUAAACAAUUGGGAUUACAAAUCUUAGAGAAUAUUAAUUUAAUGCAUUCUGAUAUGAAAUUGAAAUUGAAGGGAUUAACCAUCUUUCAUUUUCAUAAAGAACUGUUCAAUGCGUUAACCCCUGAUGAUGAAUUCUUUUAUCAUGAUGAAGAUAUUCUAUUUGGAGGUUUACAGAAUAAUGAUGAUGUUGAUGAUAAUGAUAAUGAUAGUGAUCAUAUAAAUGAAUUUGAUAUAGAAGAUAAUGAUUAUGAAUUUGAAGAAGAUCAUGCCUUGGUUAAUCAACCUGAGAGUCCUCGACCUCAGCAAAGACGGAGAAAGCCUAUUAAUAAUGAAGAUGUUAUUGAAUAUUUACAGACUAUUGAUAAAAGACUUUCGUUCAAGGUGAUUCAUGAAAAAGUAGAUAUCUUAUAUCUCAGUCAUCUAUUCCUUAAAAUAGACUGUGUUGAACAUCGAUUAAAUGAUUGUAAAUGUUUUGAGAUAUUUUUUGAAGAUUUUGCUAAAUUUAGUAGUGAAAAUGAUGGAUUACCUAAUUUAAAGUCAUUUGAAGUUGAAUCAUUUCCUAAUUUAGAUUGGCUAAGACCUCAUCAAAUGUUAGAAGAUAUUUUAACUCCAUUAGGUAAAUUUAUUAAGACUUUGAGUGGAUUAUAUCGACUAACAAUUGAUUUUUCAACUCCGGGAUUUAAAAUGUUUGAUAAUACUGUCGGAUUAUCAACCCAUUUAUUAAAUAAAUUAAAUGAAAGAUUAAUUCAAGCAUUCUUCUUAUGCUUAUUUUCAAUGACUAAUCAAACAUUAGUUCAAAAUUUACGGAAAUUAUAUUUACAAGAUUUUCUUACUAGUUUUAUUUAUUACAAGCCUGAUUUUUAUGAAAGUUUAUUACAUACUUGUCAGUGUUGGGGAUGUCAAUUAGUAUUAGAGAAAUUAGAACGAUUAUUUCAUCCUAUUGAUGGACAUCUUCAUGAAGGUAAUGAAGAGAAUCCACCAGUUGAUUUAGAAUCAACAUAUUAUAUGUUAAUUGGGUAUAUAUUAGGAAAAUUACAAGCUGAUAGAGAAGUUUGUAUACCAAUUAAAGAUUAUGCUUAUCAUUGUGAUAGGUAUCCAAUUUAUAAAGGUCAACCACAUACUUUACAUAAUGCAUUUCAUUUAUCUUCAUUAUGUAAAUGUGUACAUUUAACUCGAGAUCCUAAUGGAUUAGAAGAUACUAGUAUUGAUAAUUUGGUUACUACAUAUAUAAUUCAUCAAUUAAAACCAUUUGUGGAAUAUCUUCAAUCAAUCUUUUUAGAUCUUGAACAUUUAAUGAUUCAUGGAAUUUAUUAUGAAUAUGAUAAAUCCAAGAUGGAAUUUAUACCUAUUUUUGAUGCUGGAGAGUAUCCUGAACUGUUUUUGGUUACAAAGAAAGAUGAAAUUGAAAGGGGGGUUAAACCUAAUUUACCAUUUGGAUAUUUUAGAAAUGGUGAUUAG